AUGGCAUCCAACUCGGCUCUUUAUAUCACGGGUCUUGGAUCCCAAUACCCUCCCUACUCUCUGGCACCAGAAAGUCUUGAUGAACUUGCAGAGCGGUUUAGUGAUACUACCAGCCCAGGGAUAAAAAAGCUACUUCAAAUCAACCGCUCAACAGGCAUUGAAACCCGAUCAGCCAUCCACUCAUAUGAAAAUGGAUUCGCCACUCAAGAAGAACGACCCUCAGUACAGGAAGUUGACGAAUUCUUUCGACAAGCAGGAGUCAACCUCACAGUCCAAGCAUGUCAGAAGGCUCUCCAGGAGGCAUGCAUUGUCCCCAGUGAUAUAACGCAUACCAUUGGAGUCACAUGCACCAACCACGGCAGUCCAGGCUACGAUCUCCUCGUGGCUCGCCAACUAGGCUUACCAGCCGAUGUCGAUCGCACGCUCCUCCAAGGCGUCGGAUGUGCAGGCGGUCUCUCCAUCAUGCGUGCUGCAGCGCAACUAGCCAGCGGAGCGAGUCUGCGGAAAAGGCCGGCUCGCUUGCUCGCCUUUGCCUGUGAGCUGUGCACGCCUAACUUCCGGAAUGAACUAGCGCAUGCGGAGAACUGUGCAGAUCCGGAUCAGGUUUGUAUUGCUGCGGCUUUGUUCUCGGAUGCUGCUGCUGCUUUUGUUCUCAUUAAUGAAUAUGCAAUGAUUAUGGAUGAACCUGGUACUCCGGUUUUUGAGUUGGUCGAGUGGGGGACGAGUUUGAUUCCUGAUACGAUUGAUCAGUUGUCUUUCUAUGCCGAUAAAGAGGGGUAUCGGACUGUUCUCUCUCGCGAAGUUUCCACCUACGCAAAGAAUGCUAUCAAACCAAUGUUUGAGAGACUUCUUCCGUCAUACAUGGAACAAAAUAGCUCUCCACCCGGUGCUGGAGGAGAGCCAUUACAAACAUCGCUAGGCUCUAGUGACUUCGACUGGGCUUUGCAUCCUGGUGGGCAGGCCAUCAUAAACGGUGCUCAACGGGUCCUUAGCCUAACAGACGAUCAACUGCAAGCAAGUCGGGAGAUCUAUCGCACGCGAGGAAAUUCGUCAAGUGCAACGAUUCUGAUUGUUUUGGAUCGACUUCGAGAAAUAGGUAGAAGAGAGCAUGUUGUUGCUACUUCGUUUGGUCCAGGGAUGGCAAUUGAGAUGGCGAUGCUGAGGAGAUGCAAGAAUUUUGAAUAG